AGACACUCAAUUUUUCCCUGAACUUUAUAAAAAUAGAAAUUAACCCAAAAUCCAUCUCAUGUCUAGAAAUUGUAAAAACAAUUAGUCCGGAUAAUCCAUCUUAUCCAAAAUAGCAUCUCCUUCCUGCCGGAUAAUUAUUUUCUCCCUGAAAAUCAUCCCUAUCAAACUUUCCCCUAAAUCAUUCCCGAUUUGUGAUCCUCCCCCGGUUCGAAGUGUCUGGAAGGCGUGUAUGCGUCGGAGUCCAGCAGAGGUCACUUAUCCAGCCAGACCAAGCCCGAGCCGACUUUGGGUAAGUAAAAGUAGUGAGAAAUACAACCAGCAUGCACAUAAGAAGAACAACGAGGGACACGCGAAACAUUGCAUUAUUUGGUCGUGUAAGUAAAAUUAUACAGAGGACCGCACCACGAAGAGAACGAGACCACCGCCACAAGAUAUAAAGAUUCAUACUUUUUCACUGCUACAACAUACACUUCUUUCUCUCUCUCUCUCCAGCCAAACACGGACGACGACGACGGCGAGCAAGAACACUUAUCAUAAAUCUUCGUAUUUUUAGUAGAAUUUAAAUUAUUUGUACGAAUCGCGUCGACGGCAAACGUGCUGCAUAACAAACAACGAUUCACUUUUUCAUCACAAAGGUUGAAAGAAAGUGAACAAGCUGUUGUGGUGGAAUAAUCGGAGCUAAACUCCAGAAACUCGGGCGACCCCCCUUGAACCAUUGAAGUCGGAAUUCCUGAGGAAGAGGUCAGGUCGUCGUCACUAAACUCCAACUCAUCCAGGCGUGCGUCGAAGAAGAUGGUCAUGGAAGAAAGUGCAAUGCACCCUCAUCACGAGUCCCACGUCGAAAGCGGCGGGGAUGCGUCCAACGCUGAUUCCAACCGGAGCAACGGCAACGUCUACCUGGUCGGGCUAGAGUUUGUGCGUCAAUACUACACGGUCUUAAACCAAGGACCACUCUAUCUUCAUCGAUUCUACUCCGAUGACUCUGCAUUUGUUCAUGGGGCGUCUGCUCGAGAUUCUAACAAAGUCUCCUAUGGACAACAGGAGAUCCACAAGAGGAUCCAAUCCCUCAAUUUCCACAACUGUCAUGCCAAGAUCCGACAGGUGGAUUCCCACGAGACUUUGGGCAAGGGUGUCGUCAUCCAAGUAACGGGCGAGCUGUCGAAUAAUGGACAGCCGAUGCGACGAUUUAUGCAAACUUUCGUCCUGGCUCCGCAAUCGCCAAAGCGGUACUACGUCCGCAACGACGUGUUCCACUAUCAAGACGAAGUUUUCACGGAUGAUGAUGGAGAUCGUGACACCCCUGUGGAGUCUGGACUCGAAAAUGAAGAUGGAGAAGAUAAUGAUCACGAGCCCAUUGCUGUGGUGGAAAUUAAUGGUGGGGGUGACAUCAUUCCACGAGAAUUGACAUCAGGAGUUGAGGUUUCGGUCAAGAUGAGUUCUCCUCCAAGAAUGACUCCACCCGCACCGAAAAGUGAGGACGAUCAACAGUCCUUCAUUGCCGAAACUUCUCUUCCCGAUACGGUCGUCACAGUGAGUGCUGACGGAAAUGAACUUGAGGUUGCAGGCAGUACUGGAUCGUCAUCAUCAAACUCUGCCUUGCCCACCAACAAUGAGGAUGAUGCUUCUUCCGUCUCAUCCAUCAACAAUGUCAUCAACACAAAUAUCAGCAGUGCUCCGAAAACAUACGCCAAUCUCUUCAAGGUUCCAUCAGCCCCGAUUGCCAGUAAGCCUGGACCCGUUCCCUCUGGCAAUAAGUUUCCACCUGGCCCACCUCCCUCAUCUACUGCCAACAAAGGUGCUAAUGGCCCACGGGCUGGAAGUCCUGGAAAUUCCCAAUUUUCUGUCAACACUAACGACAACACGACAUCUCCACCACAAAUUUCUCCCCAGUCUGGUGGCGUUGGUGUGAAAGGACUACCUCCUCGUGGUGGAAAUCCUCGUGGGGGUGGGAGUGGAUUUCAGAAUCGAGACUCCAACAGAGAUCGGGACAACAACAGGCCGCCGCAUAUGGAGCGGGAUGCAAAAGACCGACGUGAACGGCUAACUUCUAGGUCGAGCACAGCCCUCAAUGAUGAAACUGGCAGCGUGGAUGGUGACCGUCGCCGCCCAGGCCCAGUGCACACAUAUCCUGAUGCCAAUCAACUCUUUGUUGGUAAUCUCCCCCACUUCGUUACGGUGCAAGACAUGAAGGACAUUUUUCAACCAUUUGGCGAAGUAGCUGAAGUCAAAAUUCAAAAACCAAUCCCUAAAAGUGGAGGGAUGAAGGUUCCCUAUUUUUGUUUCAUCGUGUUUGAAGAUGCUUCAUCCGCACAAGCUGCUGUCGACAGAAAGAGUGAAAUCUUUAUGAAAAUGAAUGGUGGAGGACAACGACGCCUCAACGUUGAGCAGAAGAGGUCCCAGCGUGCUGGAAGAAUGGAUGGCGAUCACAACGAUGCCCCCUACAACCGGAUGGACAGCUCCUCUCCUGCGGGGAAUCGUCCAUCCGAUGGGAUGAUGAGAGGUUCGAGAACUUUCAGAGGAUCCAACCGAGGAGGCGGUCCAGGAGGAGAUCGGGACCGAAAUGAUCGAGGAGGUCACAUGGGCGGGCGUGGUGGUGGUGGAAACAUGAACUCUGGUGGUCGCGGAGGUGGCGGUGGAAUGGGUGGUGGUUCUGCUGGCCGUGGAAACAACAACAACAAACCUUGACUGAAUGAAAGGCAAAACCCUACUUCAUUAAUUAAUAAUAUUUUAACACUACACACCUCAUAAAUAAUCUUAAAUACUUCUUCGUUGUUCUCUUUAGUUUAAUUUAAUAUCGCCGUAUCAAAAUAUAAAUAAGUCUAUAUAAUAUGCUGCGUUAAUAUUUAAAUCAACGUAAGACUUGCAUAAUAUCGACAACAUUUUAAAUUGGGAUAAGUUUUUGCUGGGUGGUAACAAUAAUUAAACAUUUAUUAUUAUCAAUUUUUGGGCAGAGCAAUUUUCUGCCUUGUUAUAUAAGUACGUUGGGCGAGUGAAAGUGAAUAUUUAUUAUAUAUCCACAAACUCGAGAUAGCUUGUGAUUUUUUUGGUUUCCUUUUUUAUCCACUUCUUCAUAAUGUUUAUUAAUUUCUGGUGAAUUAUAAAGACGUUUAUCAAUGAAACGUAACAAUACGUGGUGUGGAAGAUAGGUAGACAGAAUUUUAAGAUAGAUAACGCCGCACAUUUUUGCUAUAUAAUGAUAAAGAUAACAAUAAGAUAUUUCUUAACCACAAAAGCCGUAUCUUUGUGUCUUAACAACUCUCCUGCUAUUUACUACACUCAUUUCUGCGAUGAUGAUUAAACAUUUACUAUGCGCAACUCGGAUGAACAUUUAUUGAAUUUAUUCGAUUAAUAAGACAGCAUAAUUAAUUAGGGUUAAGAUAAUGUAGCGAGUUAUAUAUGUAUGUAAAAUUAUUAUGAGUGAAAGUAAGGAGGAGAAAGCCUAGACGAGGUUUAAAAAACACGCACGUUUUUAAGAUCAACUACUCUGGGUGAAGGUGUAGUAGUUAUUUAUAUUAAAAAAAACACUUUGGCUGUGAUAUUGUAAAGUUCAAUUGACGACGAUGAUAAUGACGAACACACCUGCUACUACCAGAUUUUGUGACUUAUCUACUAAGUAAUACACUACGAUUUCUUUGUACCUCAACUAGUCGUUCUCUUCCUGUUCUUCGCGUGUAUUAUAGCUUAUUCGUAUAUAUAGAUCUCUGAAAAACAAAUUGCAAAACUAAACAAAAAUCGUCAUCACAAGGUUAGACAACAACAAAUUGACAACCAAAAUCAGGCCAUUCUAAUUCGAACUUUAGGAAUACAAACAAAUUACUAUCUAAAAUUACUAACUAGUAUAAAUAUUUAAAAUUAUUCGCGAUGCGUGGUUUUAAUUUCUACCCGGCCAGUGAUAAACGCUAUUUAGCAACAAAAUUAAAAUUUUUGAAUGAGCAACAAAAGCUAUACUUGCUUUGUAAUACAUGAUGUUUUCUGGUGUUCAAUCUCAGGUUGAUAGUGGCGCAAGGGGAGCGAUUUAUUGUGACUUGCGCUAUUAUCAUUAGAAUUUAAUCGUAGUAAGUACAGCAUAAUAGAUGAUUGGGGUUUGAAUGUAAUAAUAAGAAGGAAUGAGCAACAUCAAUCCGGUGACCAGAUAUAAAAAAGUAAUAUACUUAAAAGUAAACCGUCUCAUUUAAUUAUGACUUCGAAUUUAUCGUUUCUAUAAAAAAAAGUUGGAUUUUUUUAAACAACUUUAUUAUCAGUUAGAGCUCCACAGUUAUUUAUUUAAUAAUAAUCGUUUAACCAACAUCGUGCCUGAUGUGCUGCAAAUGCAAUUAGUCGAUUUGUGACUACUUUCAAUAGUUAUAAGAUACCGCGUAUUGUAGCAUAAAUAACAAAAAAAAUAGUGAUUAGGUGACUUAAUGAAAACUUACUUAAAUCUAACUUUUUCAACUUUGGUAAUUCGCGUGAAACGAAAUCAGUAAUAAUUAUUAUAAUAAAAAUAAUAACUAAUGUUAUUUAAUUAGACAAUUAGUAGUUUUAAUUAAGUUACUUCAAUUUCAAAUCGAAGUCAAUAUUCAUCAGAUUUGUUUUGUUUGGCUUUGAAAUUUGAAAAUUGACAGGAGAUACAACCGGUAUAAAAAAAUUGUAUGAUAAUAAUUGUACUAUUAGUAAAAUAGUAAUGGCAACGAGACACCUAUUUUCCCUUAUGAUGAGCCACGACGACGAUAGUGAUCAAGAUAAUAAAUACUUUAUACAGAUAAACAACAUAAUGACCUAAGUUUAUUAGGAUAAUUAUCAGAAGGAGGGGAGGGUUAUUACUAUGCAAAAGCUAUAAGAACAAUAUCUUUUUUUAAGCCGGCCCAUAAUAGUAAAGCCAAAUCGCUAAGAUAGCGCUAAGUCAUUUAAUUUUAGUUAUCACCAUCUCCUCCCGUUCCAAUAUUCGUACCACCUCCACCCACGCCCAAAAAAACAGUAACGUACUUAGUCUGCGGAUAAGGCUGGUUGAAUAAAUCCAAUAUUGUACUGACAACAACAAUUAGGUAAUUAUUAUAAGACUUGUAACUACAUAUAUACAACAGCAGUUAGGUAUGUAGGGGUAUGCAUUAUUAUGAUUAUUAUGAUUACUGACAUGAACAUUAGUUAGCUGAGAUAUUUUUGCGUGCUUGUAGUUUAUAAAUAAUUCUUGUUAUCGAAGCGUUGUGUUUUCAAAUUCAAUCGAAAUCGUUAUGCUGCACAAGAAACAAGGGGGGAGAGGAGAACGAAACUUCUAAUCUAAAAUCUAAUCCGAAUCAUUCAGUAUCAUCACCCACAACACGAUAUAUUUAUGUAAUUAGCGAGAUAGAUAAGAAGAGUAGAAGCUUGGUAAAGUAAUCAAUAAUUUAGGUAUGAAAAAAAAGUACGAAAAAAUUAAACUUUCUAAAUAAUACCAUUAUCAACCUGACAAAAAAUCGAUAACAAACAUAAGCAUAAGUAACGGAAAGAAAUAGAGAUAUUAAAACUAGUUGAUUAACUACUAAUUAACGGUAACAAUUUUGUUUUGUAUUUAUAUCUUAAAAUAUUCUAUGAUUUACGUACCUAUUCGUUUGAUUCUCAUUUCUGCCAAAAUAAUAAGUCCUCACAUUAUGCAUAAUAAUAAAUACAUAUGUAAUAGUUAAACUCUAGGAUUGGCUGAAUAACCAUUUUGUAGACAUUGUUUUUUAGCAAUAUUUUCAAUUUAGUUGUUACAAAAGUAAGCGAGAAAAAAUAAUACUUUGCAUUUAUCACAAAAUAGCAUAAUAAAUAAAUAGGUACCAGAAACGUAGCAUAAUUAAAAAAUACGUAGGGAUGUUAGUAACUGCAUAAAAUAAAUUAGGUGCACACACACCGCGUAUCAAUAACUGCACGCAUUUACCAGAAGACGAGGAGAAGAAGUUGACUUUUAAAUAGAUGCCUUUAACCACACACACCAAGAAAUUGUGAAUUUUUAGUAUUAUUUUAUCCAACCCAUCCAAAUGUAUACCCCAUCAUUGUUGUACUGCACUGUCUCACCAAUUGGAUUAAUUUUUAAGGAUUAAGACAAAGAAAAAAUCAGUCAGAGUUAUUAUUUAGGUGUCAAAAUUCAUGAAAAUUUAUCAUUUUGUUACUUCCUGUUCCGAAAGAUAUUAUUAUAUAUUAUACAACAAUUGAAUGUGUCAAACUGUGGACGGAGCAAAAAUAUAUAAAAAUAAGCUCGGGCCUGAAACAUAAAAGGAAGACUAGUAGUAAUAAUGUAUUAGUGAUAUACAUGAAUAAUAAUGAUAAAUAAAUAUGCAACAACAUAAUAAUUAUUUAUACGCGACUAUUUAAUUACAUAUGUAUGACAUGAUGAUAUAUGAUUGACAACGUGCUCGAAAUUUCAGUUUAAAUAUAUUUAUAAUGGUCGCGUAAAUAAUGUACGAUUUGAAUUGAGAGCAAGAAUUUACUUAAAUAUACUUAUCGUUUUUUUAUUAUUAAGGAUUAAUUAAAGAUAAGCCAUCCACGAGAGAAAGCAUUGACUGCUGUUGCUGGAAAAUUAUGAAAAAUCAAAUCAUCAUGAGGUUAAUUAUUAGGAACUAACUAGCUUAAAUGUAACUUUUAUAGAUCCAUCACCACCACCACCAUUAUAAUUAUUCGACUCGUAUUUAUUAAUUUACUACUUGUCCUCUAAUUUGGAAAUAAUUAUGUGCUUUGUUUAACUAAUGCAUAUGUACGUACAUUACAUCAUUGUUGAAUGUUGAACUGAAUUAUAUAUGAGAAAACUUUUUGUCUUCACCUUUUGAUCUCCGGAAAUAACGUCAAAAACGUUUAUUCUGUUGUUGAGUGACUUGAAAAUAUUAUUGUUACUGAAAAAAAUCUGCGUAAUGAUAAAUAUGAAGAAGACUUGCUAUGUUGUUAAUAAUUAGUAAAUAAUGAGUUGUCUAAAAGAAAACCACAACUAACCACAACGUACUCUGUACUCUGCUAAAUCUGUUGUAUCUCUUUGUACCGCUUUUGUUUUUCGUCUUUUAAAAAUAAUCUUGGUUAUAACUACUUAUUGCGAAUCUAAAAUUGAUGACAUAAUGAAUUUAACAACAACUAUUACGAGAAUCAAGGACUGUUUGUUGGUUGCGGUAUUUUCAUUAAAUUUAAUCGUUACAUGUAAACCUCAUGAUCCUGAUUGUUUUUUAUUAAAUGUCGAAGAAUUAGGUGUGAAAUCAGUCUGAAAUUUUGCAAUCAGAUUAUAAAAACUAAACUACUACUUUUGUACUGUGUGUCUAAUAGCCUUGAGUAAACAAAUUGUAUCGCAAUUCGUAACGAAAAGAAGACCGGCAGGCAGUCAAUAAUACUUACUUAAUUAUUACGUAAUGAAUGUUAUUAUUAUUUAAAAAUUGAUUGAAGAAUGAGAGUUAAUACUACGAUGGACAUGAUGAUGACACUGAAGCCUAGAAAUAUUAGACAGAGAGAAUAAGAGAACCUAAAUUGUUUGUAAUAUCGUUUCCUCGCCACUAUUAAUACCUUUGUAUAACCGGACCCUUGAUCUGCUUUAUAAUCGAUAACCACAAAAUAUGAUUCAAUUACUUACUACUACUUUGAUACUGAGGAGAUAAUCAAAUUUUUCUCAUCAUCUUAUUAUUAGUAUUGUUCCUUUUCAUAUAAUUAUUUACCACAACCUCACCGUGUCAAGUAUAUUAUUCAUUAUUAUCAUAAAAACUUGUGCAACUUUUUCCUAGUUUCAAUUUCAAAAUGGUAAAAUCUCGAUGACGCGAUGAAACAGUUUAAAUAAAUAAAUUGUGAGUUGCUAA